GGCGGUGGCGGCGGCGGCGGGACAGCGCAGAGGCGGCUCGGAGGGGACGCGGGACUGACUCCGAGGCGGCUCUGAGGGCACUCGGGAACCAUGGCAGACCACGAAGCGGGGUACCCGGCCAAGAGCCGGCGGCCUCCAGAUGAUGAGGAUUCUGGCCUCGGUGUGUGUGGAUGGAUCCUGGUGAUCACCUCGCUUCUUUUCACUGUUCUUACAUUUCCUAUAUCACUAUGGAUGUGCAUAAAGAUUAUCAAGGAGUACGAGCGAGCCAUCAUCUUCCGACUUGGGCGCAUCCUAAAAGGGGGAGCAAAGGGACCAGGUUUGUUUUUUGUCCUGCCUUGCACAGACAGCUUCAUCAAAGUUGAUAUGAGAACCAUCUCUUUUGAUAUCCCUCCUCAGGAGAUCCUGACCAAAGACUCGGUGACAGUUAACGUGGAUGGAGUGGUUUAUUACAGGGUGCAGAAUGCCACCCUGGCCGUGGCAAACAUCACCAACGCCGACUCAGCCACCCGGCUCCUGGCACAGACCACCCUGAGGAACGUCCUGGGCACCAAAAGCCUCUCUGAGAUCCUCUCUGACCGUGAGGAAAUUGCCCACAGCAUGCAGAUUACACUUGAUGAGGCAACAGACGAUUGGGGCAUUAAGGUGGAACGUGUGGAGAUCAAGGAUGUGAAGUUACCUGUCCAGCUGCAGAGAGCCAUGGCUGCAGAAGCAGAGGCUGCCCGGGAGGCGAGAGCCAAGGUGAUCGCGGCCGAGGGCGAGAUGAACGCGUCCAGGGCCCUGAAGGAGGCGUCCAUGGUGAUCACGGAGUCUCCUGCUGCUCUCCAGCUCCGGUACCUGCAGACCCUGACCACCAUCGCUGCCGAGAAGAAUUCCACCAUCGUCUUCCCCCUGCCCAUAAACAUCCUGCAGGGCCUCCUAGAACGGAUUAAUAAGAGAAGAAGUGAAGUCAGCGUAGGGAAGACUCUUCAGGCUGCCACCAGCACUGAGUCUGACAUCUUUAAAAUCUGGGACGAGGCAAUGGAACUGAAAUGCCAGGAUCACUGAUGUAAGUGCCCUUCUCCCACUGGCCAGCAUAACUCCAUAAGCAGUUUCUUAUGCCCUUUCUGCUCCAAUCAGCUCUGUAUUUACAGGUGUUUUAGGCCUGGGUACCUGUGCCUCGACACACUGUGCCUUUGUCACUGGCAGGAGAUGCCCAAGUGCUGUUGUUUUUCUGCCUGUCUGCUGGGCAGGUUUUCCUCUGCAUCACCAAAGCAAUAUACUUUGUGUUUGUCAAGGUGGCAGCUGAAGUAAGCUGAGCCUAACUUCUGUCUGGGAGCGGGAGAAACAGUUAACAAAGCUGGAGUAAUUAGCAUUGCUGUGCUCAGGCACUUGGAGUGGGAAGCAGAGCAACAGCACAGCUCCAGGUUAAUCCUUGGGGAAGAUGAGUCACCCUGUAACUCCCGCUGCUGCUGCAGGUGCCACCCCUGUGAAUCCCUGUUGAUUCCACAAGAUGCUUUUUUGCUCUCAUCCUGAAUUAAAAAAAUGCUGUUUACUAAUGAGUGAGUUUCUGAAAGAGUAAAAUACUAUUUAUCAGGGUCUCAAACACAUACAAUUCUGAAGAGGGGAAAGCAAAGCAGUCCCAAACUUCACAAAAUAAUUUC